AUGGGGAGAGUGGUAGGAGAGAAGUAAAAGUGAAAUGGGGAAGUGAGAUGCGCAUUUUGAAGGUCGUUCAAGACCAGUCAGUACUUGAUAAGGAAGUUUGACGCCCCCGGCGCCCGUGGCUGUAAUGUUACUACACGAAAAAAUGGGUGGAACUGAUCGCAACUAUCGAUUUUUUUUUGCAGUACUGGCUCGACGAGUUCUUGAAGUGGAAUCCGCCGAGCUACGAGGGCGCCGAAGAGAUUUUCCUGUCGAGCUCCGACAUUUGGAUACCCGAAUUCUCGUUGUACUACAGGUUCGUGAUGGUGGCCUAGGAUACGAUACGGAUUUUUCAAUAAGGGGGGUGGAAGUGAAAGUGAGAGAAGAUCAUGGGAACUUGAAAAAAAGAUGAUCGUGGAAAAGAAGACAUAAUGAUCAGACACCUUGAAAACUUGCAAAAAUAAUGUGUAACCGGCCAGUUCCAACUUUGAGAAAGCAUAACUUUUUUCCUAAAAAUCGUGUAUCUCGGCAGUCUGCACAGAUAUCAAAAAGUGGACAACUGAUAAAAUGUACAAAAUUUCCUUUUAAACAUUUUAUCAGCUGACAACUUUUCGAUAUCUCUACCGACAACUGAAAUAAAUCGUCUUGAAUGGAACUUGAACUUUACGGCUUCCAGAAAGAACAUUAUAUGUCAAAAAAAGGGAAGAAAACGACGAUAUCUGUUGUGUAAUUGGGUGUGAUUGUACUGUACUUAGGAUAGAGAUAUUGUAGAUUAAGAAGAAUAAAAAGAAAAAGAAGAAGAAGAGGUAGGACACUGUAAUAAUCGAAGAGAGAGAGAGGGAGAGCGAGGAAGAAGAGACAUUGUUUUUCCGUGUCUCUUUAGACCUUCGGAGAACACGUUCCAAACGUACAGAGAGAGGGAGAGAGAGAGAGAAAGAGAGAGAGAGAGAAAGAGAGAAAGGCCUGCGCCCACGGACUUUAUGACUACAACUUCUGGCCGUUUGCUAAAGAAGCCGCCGCCCCCAAAUGAACCGAAAGUGACGAAAAGACUGAUCAGCCGUUCUCCCCCUCUUUUUCUUUCUCUCUGGAACGGCAUGCGCCCUUUAAAGUACUGUAGUCGAUGCAAACGCGCUCCACCGCACAACUCGAAAAAAUGCUACGAUCCUCAGAGAAGUUUAUGAUUACUGUAACUCUGACACAAAUUUUCCAGUCUCAACUUCAACGACGCCGUCAAAUUGCAAUCGAACAACGACAUCCGGGUGAAUUACACCGGCCACGUGCGCUACUACAUCCCCUUCUCAUCGGAAUCGCUCUGCAAACUCGACGUCAAGUUUUUCCCGUUCGAUGUGUACGUUUUGCGCCUGCGUAGCACCCCCAAGGGACCAUGUUCGGUGGAGCGCGUUUGCAUUCCCUUCUCUAUUGCCCCUUUCUUCUCCGCUCUCGGCCUUGACGCGGCCGCUCUUCCGCACUCUCCUCUAGGCCGUUGCCGGCAGCCGACAGGGCUGGGUCCUGUGGUGUAGUGGUUAUCACGUCUGCUUUACACGCAGAAGGUCGUCGGUUCGACCCCGGCCAGGACCUACUGGUUUUUUGCGUUUUUUUUCUCUCGCACACUUUCAAUCGUAUUUCAGCCAACAAUGCACUCUGCUGUUCGGCUCGUGGGCACACUCGAACGAUUCGAUCAAAUAUUCGUUGUACUCGCAGAACUUGUCGCUUAUCGACUUUUACGACAACCAGGAAUGGGAACUCGACACCCAUAACAGCUCGGUUCAUUCCGACGGAUUCUUGUACGACUACUUGGACCCGCCCCUAUUUUGGGAAAUGAUAAUUAUCACUUUGGUGAUGCGGAGGCAGAGCUUUUAUUAUGGUUAGUUCAAUAUCGACUCAAUAUUGCAUUAGCGAAAGAUUCUCCGUUCAAUUCUUUAGAAUUAAACUGGGAAAGCUUCUGUAAACAGCGAAAAUUCACCUAUAUCGAUUCAAAGUCCGAUUAACUGACUUCUGUCAAAUUUUUUGAACUUUUCAUGGAUUCAGGCGAAUUUCCGAUGUUUUCAGAAACUUUUCCUGUUAAAUUCCAGUGAAUUUCUUCUAGAAUCUUUACCAAAGAAAACAUUGAAUCACUAGAGUUCUUAGAAAACGAAAUUUACCAGGGAAACUCAGAAGAUCCCGGGUUUCGAAAACUCAACCCGUAACUCCCCGACAAAAAAGAAAAACAACGUUUUAGUGUUCAAUCUGGUCAUACCCAGCACAAUGAUCACUUUGGUAUCGGUCAUCGGAUUCCACACGCCAAGUACCAGCGGACGGAUGAGGUUUCGACCGAUUUAGAGCCUCUCUAAAACGGUAUCCUUUUCAGAGACGCGAAAUUCCGACUGGGCAUCAUGACCCUCAUGAGUAUGUCGGUCAUCCUGCUGGCCAUCGUCGAAGACAUGCCCAAGUUCAGCAUGGGCACGAACCGACGCGGCCGAGGCUCUUUCUCAGGCAUUCCGCUGAUCGGACUCUACUAUUUCAUCCUACUGGCCAUCAUCGGAAUGUCCACCGUCACCACCUCCAUGUUCGUCUACUUGGAGAGGGAAUCGAGGGUGAAGCACCAUGUUCCCUGGUACUUAAAGUGGCUCUCUUUCGACAUUUCGCCCUCGCGAAUCGCUAGGUUAGCCCGGAAAAUUGAAAAUAAACUAAAAUUUGAAGUCAGAAAUUUCAGGAAGCUGUCCCGUUAUCGCCCUCAAGCAAUGAGCCAACCGCCGUCGGUGAGUCUAGAUUUUUAGUUUUUAGCAUGUUUUUCCUCAAAUUCUCACCCCACCCACUUUGGCACCCAUUUCACACACACUUUUCCACCGUCAAUUCCAGGAGCACCUCCUCUCAAACGGACACGUUCGAACUGGUAUUCGUGACAAAGCGCGCGGAGUCGCCGCCUCGCUGCUCUCGCUUCUUCCGCGUCCCGGAAGCGGACAAGGAGGCGGAAACGGAGGCAGUGGCGAGAACGGGAACAGUCCGUUCCACAUGCAACACAUUCACGCUUAUCACCAGGUGCCGACCCCACACACCCAGAAUCUUUUUUCGGUUCCUUCAGUUCAAUUAUUUUUAUUCCCAUCCCAAAAAGUUAGCAAAAACCAAUUACAUUAUGUUGAAGGACAAUCCGACACCGGCUCGAGAAUCGAUCCGAAGACGUCUGAGCAUGUCGCAGUACGACAACAUGCUCAUUUAUCAGUACUACGAGCAGGCACUUGAAGAUAUCGCCAACGGGGUGACUAGAAUGGAUAGAACCAUUGCGGAGAUCCGGUAGCUAAUGUAAAACAACUCGGGAAACUAUCCAAAUGCUUCCUUCCAGGUCUGAAAUGAUGACGCUGAUUCCCCAGGAGGAUGUAAACACGAAGUGGCAAGCGGUGAUCAGGAGGUUGGAGCUCUUAUCGCUGGUAUUCUACGUAUCGGUUCUAUUCACCACCAUGUAUCUCUUCUUCUAUCACGAUUGGUAAAGAGUCCCAUUGAUUAACAAAAAAACUGAACUUAUUCUUCAGGUACUGCGCCAUCGGGCACAAUCCGUGUGGACAGUCGAACUUGAAGUGUCCCUGGAUGGCGCACACUCCCGACGAUCCGCACUGCGAACACAAUUCAUACAACUAA